CAAAGUACUGUCCAAAAUCUAUUUGCUCUACACUCUAACUAUAGUUUUGAAAUAUGGAUGCAAAAGAAACCGAAGCGAUGCUGAGGGGGCAAGUAGCCAUAUGGCAGAACUUAUUCGGAUUCGCGGACUCUAUGGCCCUGAAAUGCGCUGUGGAGCUCGGCAUAGCCGACAUCAUACACUCCCAUGGCCGACCUAUCACGUUGGACCAGAUCCCCGCUUCCAUCAACGGAUCCUCAUCCCCGGACAUUUCCUCCCUUGCGCGCAUCAUGAGGCUUCUCGUCCGCCGGGACAUCUUCGCUGCCCAUCAACCAUCGGACAGCGGAGACACGCUAUAUGAGCUUACCCACUCUUCAAGGUGGCUGGUGAAGGAGUCGGAGUAUAACCUGGCUCCCAUGGUCACGAUGGAGAACCACCCUGAUCUAUUGGCUCCGUGGCAUUACUUUGGUCAAUGUAUUAAAGAUGGAGGGAUGCCCUUUAAGAAAGCUCAUGGGAUGGAGGUAUGGGAGAUGGCAUCGAAGAACCCUCAGUUCAACACGUUGUUCAACGAUGCGAUGGCAUGUACCAACAAGAUCAUCCUGCAGGCGAUCGUGGCAGCUUACCAGGACGGGUUCAGAUCCAUUGGAUCUCUCGUGGACGUGGGUGGUGGGAUCGGCGAAGCGGUUGCCCAGAUUGUGAAGGCAAACCCAAACAUACGAAGGAUCAACUUCGACCUUCCCCAUGUCGUGGCCACUGCCCCCGCAUACCCGGGCGUCGAGCACAUCAACGGCAGCAUGUUCGAGUCCAUUCCGGCUGCUGAUGCUGUCUUUAUGAAGUGGGUAUUGCACGACUGGGGAGACGAAGAUUGCGUGAAGAUCCUGAAGAACUGCAGGAAGGCGAUUCCCGAGAAACUGGGGAAGUUGAUCAUAAUAGAGUCGGUUCUACAGCAGGAAGGUAACGGGCUCUUUGAUGACAUUGCUUACAUAUUCGAUUUGUUGAUGUUCGCUCACGCGUCGGGGGGGAAGGAGAGGACCGAGCUCGAGUGGAAGAACCUUUUGGCAGCAAGUGGCUUCCCUCGGUACAACAUAAUCAAGAUCCCCACCAUCCCUUCCAUCAUUGAAGCCUUCCCGAAAUAAUCUUUUAGCAUUUUAUAUAUGUGCUCUAUGGUGAAUAUCGCAAUUCGAAUCAUCCUUAUAAUUUGGAUAUGUAGUUGUUUGUUGAUAUGUAGGAUUUCCUUUGACGGUCUUGGAAUCAGUUAUUCGCUUUGUGAUUAUAGAAUUCCAUGGUGAUAUACGAACCCGUAUUCAUGUGAUGUUUGCGGUAGA